GCAUGAAAUGAGUUAGGGAAUAGCGAGGAAGAAUGGAGUUGGAAAGAGCGAAGAAAUAUCUGGAGAAAGGUGUGGAUGGCAAUGCCGAUGGCAAUGAAGGAAUGUUCGAAAACUUCAUGAUGCAAGGUCUUGGUCUGCUCCUCGACUCCAUCGAACGUGGCCGAGUGCUUUGCUCCAUGAAAGUCCCCGUUCGACUUCUGAACCCAGGGAAUACGUUUCAUGGGGGAGCCACAACAUCACUGGUGGACCUGAUUGGCUCCGCGGUUAUACUCACUUAUGGACUUACUUCCACCGGUGUUUCUGUGGAGAUUACCCUCUCUUUACUGGAUGCUGCUUUCGCUAAUGAGGAAAUAGAGAUAGAAGGGAGGGCAUUGCGCAUUGGGAAGACGGUUGCGGUUGUGAAUGUCGAAUUUCGCAAGAAAAGCACUGCCAAAAUAUUUGCACAGGCGCGUCAUACUAAGUACCUCCAUCUCCCACCACCACCACCUGUUCAAACCAAAAUGUAAAUGCCAUGCCCAUCUUUCAAUCAUGAUUGUAUUUUUAUAACCAUUUUAAGGCGCCUCACUUUUUAGUUCUACGACCCAUGCUUGUAAUAAGAGACCUUUUCUUGGAUUCCUUUGCAAUAUAUACACUACUUGCAUGCUCCUCAUGUUCACUGCACGCAUGCAUGUGAUAUGGUAUAAUAUAUAUAUAUUGCUUGUUUGAAAUGCUCCA